GGUUUCUUCAACUUCCAACGUCAUACCGUCACCACACAUCACCACACCACCCUUCACAGCAGACAACCUGCAAAAAUCGAACAAAAUGGCAGAAUAUUGGAAAUCAACGCCGAAAUACUGGUGUAAGCACUGUCAGAUCUACGUCCGAGAUACCCCAUUCGAGAAGACACAGCAUGAAGCCACGGGCAAACACCAAGGAAAUCUGAAACGAUUUCUCCGAGACAUUCACCGUAACAAGGAGCGCGAAGAAAAGGAGAGCCAGAGAACCAAAAAUGAAGUAGAGAGACUUCGAAACCUCGUUUCGGGGAAACCAGCUGGAGAUGCGACACGAAACCGACCUGCGGCGACAACGUCAACCACUGCACCAAGACAAGUGACCGCGGAAGAUCGAAAGAAGCAGAUCGCGCAGCUAGCAGAAAUGGGUGUCGCUGUGCCCGAAGAAUAUCGAAGAGAAAUGGCCCUUGCGGGAGACUGGCAGACUAUAUCAGAACGAAGAAUAACACCGGUUGAACCAAGCAAGGAAGAAGCAGAGUCCACCAAACUUAAUAUCGGCGUGAGGAAGCGAAAAUUAGAGAAUGAGGAAGAUGAAGAAGAGGCUCAAAUGAUCGCCAAACCUACACAUAGGGGAUGGGGCAAUACGACACGAGAUUAUCCUGGCACUACUGAGGACGAAGAUGACGACCUUGAUGCUCUUCUCAUGAAGACGACGACUGUUAAGGAAAAAAAAGAUCCGGACCCGAAGACGGUAUUACAGUCCAUCAAAGCAGGGGAGCAAGCAGAAUCAGGGGAUGUUGAGAAAACGGAGAAAGACCCAGACGGCUCAGGCCCGAGUACAAUAUUGAAAAAGGAGGAACCUGACACGGGAGACUCUCUCGAGACACCAUCAUUACCAGUGGGCGAUGUUCCUGUGUUCAAAAGGCGUAAAAACAAGGCUUCAAAGCGAUGAAAUGUCACUUAACAGUCUUUGCAUUGGCAUAGACUUAUUCCAUAUGCUAUGAUUUGC